UUUCAACGCACCGUGAAAUUGUUCAUUUGGACUUCCGCCGACCGCCCAUCAUGCUGACGUCCCUCGCUCGCCGGUCGGCGGCGAUCGCCCGCCAUGCCCUGCCGGCGUCUUUGCGCGCCGCGUCGACCUCGGCGCCGUUGAACCUGUACGCGCCCACGGAAGAACACCACGCGCUGCGCGACAUGCUCCGUUCGUUCGUAGCGCAAAAGGUAGAGCCGCAAGCAAACGAGUUCAACCGCGCCGAGACGUUCAACGUCGACCUCUUCCGCGAGCUGGGCGAACUCGGGCUGUUGGGCAUCACCGUGCCGGAAAAGUACGGCGGGUCCGGCAUGGAUGCCGUCGCGGCCGUGAUCGCCCACGAAGAACUGAGCUCGUCCGACCCUGCGUUCUGCUUGUCGUUUCUUGCCCACUCGAUGUUGUUCGCCAACAACUUGGCCCAGAACGGAUCGGAGGCCCAAUGCGCCAAGUACUUGCCGGCUGCGUCGUCGGGAGAUGCGAUUUGUGGCAUGGCGAUGAGCGAGCCCGCCGUCGGCACGGACGUCCUCGGGAUGAAAACCACCGCCGUCAAGCACGGCAACGAGUACCUCUUGAAUGGCACCAAGAUGUGGAUCACAAAUGGCGCGAUCAACGACACAGACCUCGGCGACACGUUCCUCGUGUAUGCGCGCACCGGCACGACCGGCAACGCCCGUCAGGAUUUUUCCAGCUUCAUUGUCGAAAAAGGAUUUGACGGGUUCUCGCUCGGCCAACGGAUCAAGGACAAGUGCGGCAUGCGCGCGUCGAUGACGGCCGAAUUGGUGUUUGAAAACUGCCGCGUCCCCGCCGACAACUUGGUCGGGACGGAAGGUGCUGCCGUGCUGUGCAUGAUGCGCAACCUCGAAAUCGAACGCGUCACGCUGGCCGCCAUGAGCUUGGGCAUUGCUCGCCGAUCGAUCGAAGUCAUGAACGCGUACGCAAAGGAACGAUCGGCGUUUGGCAAGCCGCUCAACUACUUUGGCCAAGUCCAGCACAACAUUGCGUUGUCGUAUGCGCACUACAAGGCUGGCCGCGCCUACGUCUACGACACUGCGCGGUUGCUCAAGCUCGACACAGUCGGCAACCGCAUCGACACCGACGGCGUCAAGCUCUUUUGCGGCGACAUGGCCAAGCAAGUGGCCGACCGCGCGAUCCAAACCCUCGGCGGAUACGGCUACGUUGGCGAGUACAACGUCGAGCGGCUGUGGCGCGACUCAAAGUUGCUCGAAAUCGGCGGCGGGACCAACGAAUCGCACCACAAGAACAUGAGUCGCGAUCUGUUGCGGGUCGACCGCUUGUAAGGCACACCGACGGCAUGACCGACGUGCGCCUCGACGAAAAAUCGCACGACGCGUGGAAUUGGAAUCGAGAUGUUGCUACGACGAUAAGCAUCUCACAUCGCAUGCCAUUCGAUUGAGUCACCAAACAAAUCUGCCAUCCCAUCGCACUUGCCCCGGCGUGAAGAAUUGGCGAAAGCAACGAGCAUGCCGAUGUUGGUCCAAGUGGACGAGCUCGGGAGAUAAUACCUUGCGCGUGAUGCAAGUCGUAGGCAGCGUGCAUCGCAGUAGAGAGCACCAACGCGUUGCAGGGCUGCCUCUCACCCAC